GUUUUAACGGCUCGCUGGCCACCAGUCUUUUGCUUCCGUCGUGCUUUCCGUCUGUGACUUCUUGCUGGACACAACCAUAUACCGUCCUGUCGACCGUAUCUUUUGCCCAUAAACCACUUUUCUCUCUUAUUCGAUCUCAGCCAUCUUCUCAAGAAUGGCCUUCAAUUACACACUGCCCUUGCGGGUCGCUCAGGGUGUCCUGACCAUCAUAAUUCUUGGUCUCACAGCAUACGAUGUCUCAAUCUGGUCGCCUUCGGAAACCAACUUCUUGCUUUUCUGUUCGAUAUGGACGAUUCUCGCCCUCGCGUACCUUAUCGUUACGCCGGGUAGGUUUCCAACCGCGGCACAUAAAUACGGCAUUCUAGGAGCUGAACUCGUGACCAUGAUUUUCUGGUUUGCUGGAUUUAUCGCGGAGGCCUCGCUUUUGGGCGACACCGAGUGCCAUAAGGGUACCCUCUGCCGAACCAUGCAAGCUGCGACAGUUUUUGGCGCCUUUGAAUGGCUCCUUUUCGCGGCCACAAGUCUCAUGGCCGGGCUUCACUGUUGGAGAACGAGGAAUACUCACGAUGAUCGGGCGGACCCCCAGAUGCAAGUGAAUCCUAGCGUUUAGGCACCAGCAUGAGAUUACAAACAUGGAAUUUGAAUGAAAGGGGUAGGGGAAACGAAAAUUUUGUUUGUUGAAUGAUUGAUUCACUUCGAUACCCUGAACGUUUGACAUUUACACCAACUCCAAUCCCUAUGCAAUCCCAGCUGCACAGUAGUCCUGAAUAAACGAUUUGAAGUCUUUGGUUGCAAACUCUUGUGAUCUGUACUGCGACAAACCGAGUAUUUCUGCCCUUUCCAAG